AUGCAGUCGGACGGAAAGGACAAGAGCGCAAACCCCAUGCGCGAGCUGCGCAUCCAGAAGCUCGUGCUCAACAUCAGUGUCGGCGAGUCUGGUGACAGACUUACCCGUGCUGCUAAGGUGCUUGAGCAGCUGAGCGGUCAGACUCCAGUCUACAGCAAGGCCCGCUACACUGUCCGUACCUUCGGUAUCCGUCGUAACGAAAAGAUUGCCGUCCAUGUCACCGUCCGUGGCCCCAAGGCCGAGGAGAUCCUCGAGCGUGGCCUCAAGGUCAAGGAAUACGAGCUGAGAAAGAAGAACUUCUCCGAGACCGGCAACUUCGGCUUCGGUAUCAGCGAGCACAUCGAUCUUGGUAUCAAGUACGACCCUGGUAUCGGUAUCUACGGUAUGGACUUCUACUGCUGCAUGACUCGCCCUGGUGAGCGUGUUGCCAAGCGCCGCCGCUGCAAGUCUAGCAUCGGUUCCAACCACAAGAUCAACCAGUCUGAGACCAUCAAGUGGUUCAAGAACCGCUUCGACGGCAUUGUCCGGUAA